AUGCCUGGUGUCAAUUCUAGGGAACUCAAUGAGGGCUGGACGUUUACGCAGGUCAAUGGCGGCGACAACGUACAAGUGAGCGAGUGGCUGCCCGUGCAGAGCUUCCCUACCACGGUACACGUCGAACUCCUGAACCACAAGAAGAUUCCGGAUCCGUUCAUCGGCUUGAAGGAAUGGGAUGUGCAAUGGGUCGGCGAAGCGGCGUGGGCGUUCAAGACCACAUUCACCGCUACAGAGGGGGAAACGGAAGCCGACAAUUUCGACCUUGUCUUUGACGGCUUGGAUACGUUCGCGGUCGUGGAACUGAACGGACACAAGAUCUUGGAAACGGAUAACCAGUUUGUAGCGCACAGGGUUCCGGUCAAGCAAUAUGUCAAAGCGGGCGAGAACGACCUUGUGCUCACGUUCGAGAGUGCGUUCCGCAAGGGGCGAGAGAUUGAGGAACAACACGAGAAACUUAACCUAUGGAAUGGCGACUCGAGUCGACUCCAUGUCCGUAAGGCGCAAUACAACUAUGGAUGGGAUUGGGGUCCAGUCCUCAUGACCGUCGGUCCCUGGAAGCCCAUCCGGCUGGAGACCUACAGCCUCCGCAUCUCCGACGUUGACAUCCGCCCGCGGGUGAACGAGAAACUCGUUACCAAUGUGGACGUGUCCUUUGAGCUGUCAAGGAGCAGCGAGUUCGUCGCGGCGGUGCAUAUCAUGGACCCCGACGGCAAGAUGGUCAUCGGACAGAGCAACAUGGUGAUCAAGGGCGACCGCGCGGAGGCACACUUCAAGCUCUCAGCCGGCGUGCUCGAGCUCUGGUACCCUGUCGGAUACGGGAAGCAGCCGAUAUACAACGUCGAGAUCAAGAUUAUGGACAAGGAUGGUCAUCUGCUGGACUCCAAGUCCCAGAAGUUCUCGUUCAGGCGCGUUCGCGUGGUGCAAGAAGAGCUCGAGGGUCAAGAGGGCCGCUCCUUCUUGUUCGAAGUCAACAACAUUCGUAUUUUCUGCGGUGGCUCUAACUGGAUUCCCGCCGAUUCAUUCUUGACAAGACUUACGCCGGAGAAGUAUCGGCAAUGGCUGCAGCUGCUCGUGGACGGUAACCAGAACAUGAUACGCGUCUGGGGCGGAGGCAUCUACGAAGCUGACGCUUUCUACGAUAUUUGCGAUGAACUUGGCAUCAUGGUUUGGCAGGACUUCAUGUUCGGCUGUGGACAGUACCCGGCCUACGAUUCGUUCACGAAGUCCGUCGAAGUCGAGGCUGAGCAAAACGUGAAGCGACUCCGGCACCACCCUUCUAUCGUGAUCUUCGCCGGCAAUAACGAGGAUUAUCAGGUCGCCGAGUCGCUCAAGCUCGAGCUCGACUAUUCCGAUGAGAAAUCCGAUUUCAGGAAGACCAAUUUCCCUGCGCGAUACAUCUACGAGAGGCUGCUGCCGUCCGUCGUCGAGCGGCUGUGCGAUAUCUAUUACCAUCGCAGUUCUCCAUACAGCGGCUUUGGGAAGGAGACGACCGACAAGCAGUAUGGCGACCUCCACCAGUGGAACGUCUGGCACGGGUCUCAGGAACCAUGGCACAAGUGGGACGUCCUCGCCGGUCGCUUCGUGUCUGAGUUCGGGAUGGAGGGUUACCCCAACAUCCGGACGGUCGACUACUGGCUCGGCGGCGACGAAUCAGAACGAUACCCCCAGUCUAGGACAAUGUGCAACCACAACAAGGCGGACGGCUUCGAGCGCAGGCUGGAGCUGUAUCUCAUGGAGAACUUCAAGCACGCGUUCGACAUCGAGAGUUACGUGUACUACACGCAGCUCAUGCAAGCGGAGACGCUCGCGGCCGCCUACCGGCUCUGGCGGCGCAACUGGAAGGGCAGGGGCAAGGAGUACACGGCCGGCGCGCUUGUCUGGCAGAUCAACGACUGCUGGCCGGUCACGUCCUGGGCGAUCGUGGACUACUUCCUCCGCCCGAAGCCGGCGUACUUCGCGAUCAAGCGCGAGCUGCGCACACACACCGUCGGCGUGACGCGCACGGAGCGCAAGACGAGCCCGGACGCGCGCUCCGCGGCGACGUUCACACUCGAGACCGUGCUCGCGGUGUGGGGCACGAACAGCGCGCGCGAGCCGCGCACGGCGACGCUCGAGGUCACCGCGUUCGACCUGCACUCGGACUGGACGGAGCGCUUCACGCGCGAGGCCGUGCUCGCGCCGAACGCGGCGACGGAGCUCUGGGAGGGCGCGCUGCCGGGCGUGCCUGUGCGCACGUCCCUCAGCGAGGUCCCGCGCACCGUCGUCGUGUCCGCGCGGCUGCUCGAUGCCGACGGGUCUGUGCUCGCCCGCACGUCGAACUGGCCCGAGCCGUACAAGUACAUCAAGUUCCCGACGCCCGCCGAGGUCGGGCUGCGCGUCGCCGUCGCCGCCGACGGCGCGUCCGUCUCGCUUUCCGCCAACCGGCCAGUCAAGGGCCUCGUGCUCGACGUCGCCGGCGCAGACGCGACGUGGUCCAACCAGGCGCUCGACCUCGUCCCCGGCGACCCGCAGGUCGUGGCCGUGCAGGGCCUCGCCGGGCGCGCGGUCCAGGCGCGGUACCUCGGGGACGGCUCCGCAUGAGGAGCCGUCGCGGACGGGCAGGCGGACUCACGCUGACGUUCCCAGGAGGCGCGGGGUGUGUUGCGGGUGCGAUGUGGGCGAGACGUGGGCCGCGGGCGAGCCGCCUGGACGGUCUUGUGGGGGUGCGGGCGCGCGGAGAAUUGAAUGGGUGCUUCGCGCGAAGUAGCCGUGCCGGAGAUGAAGGCAGCACGCGCUGGGAUCUGUACAUGUACAACACGCGGGAGCGGCAGCCGAAUGAAUGUCAGGAUAUCCAGG